CCAGUGGACUGCCAACAUUUUUUUUGGCUUGUCGUUAUUAUUAUUAUUUUUUUUUUUUUUUGAGAAGGGCGGCUUUUUUGGACCUCCUAGCUGUGUAGCCGGGGCCGUCUUAACACAUGGCCAUGAGGGGGGUGUGGUGGGGUGCAGUGGAUUCCUGAACGAAGAGCCACCGGGACCGGCGUGGUGUAACACAGAACUCUCCUAGAAGCGGUGGAAUAGGUGGGGCCGAGGGGAAGGUAAGCGGAAGGGAUUCGUAGUAGAAGAGGGGUGAAGAGGAUCUUCUUGAGGAGAAGAAUGAUGGUGCCGGCUCCUCGUGCUAUUGUCGUGCUGUGUGUCAUCCAAGCACAGCCCCACAUUACCUCGACAUGAGCAUUGCAGGAAGGGCAUCCUGCUCCAUGCUCAAUUGCUUUGGUGAAGAGGGGCCUCCCAGUCUGGAGUACAUCAAGGCCAAGGAUCUAUUCCCCCAGAAGGAGCUGGUGAAGGAAGAUGAAAGUCUUCAGGUCCCCUUCCCAGUUCUUCAGGGGGAAGGGGUGGAGUAUCUUGGCCAUGCAGAUGAGGCUGUCAUUGCCAUUUCUAACUACAGGCUCCACAUCAAGUUCAAGGAGUCAGUCAUCAAUACCUACCCAGAUGUGGACAAUGAAAUAUCUGUGCCCCUCAGGCUGAUCGAAAGCGUAGAGAGCAGAGAUAUGGGCCAGCUGCACAUUAUUUGCAAAGAUUCCAAAGUUGUCAGAUGCCACUUUACAACAUUCAAGCAGUGUCAGGAGUGGGUCAAGCGUCUAAGCAGAGCCAUAGCUCACCCGUCACGCCUCGAAGACCUCUUCGCACUUGCCUAUCAUGCAUGGUGUUUGGGAGGCAGUGCUGAUGAUGAAGACCAGCAUGUUCAUCUGUGUCGCCCAGGUGAUCACGUGCGUCAAAGGAUGGAAAUGGAGGUCAAAAGGAUGGGCUUUGACACGCAAAACAUCUGGAGGGUGUCGGCCAUAAAUUGCAACUAUAAGCUGUGCUCCAGUUACCCACAAAAGCUUCUGGUUCCAAUAUGGAUAACUGACAAGGAGCUAGAGAGUGUAGCCUCAUUCAGAUCCUGGAAAAGGAUUCCCGUGGUGGUCUACAGACACCAGAAGAACGGGGCAGUAAUCGCACGCUGCAGCCAGCCAGAAAUCAGCUGGUGGGGCUGGAGGAACACAGAUGAUGAGUACCUAGUGACAUCCAUUGCCAAAGCUUGUCAAAUGGACAUGGGUGCCAAGGUUUCCUGUGUUGGGGCUGCCUGCCAACAACGUGGAGAAGCUCCUGACUCAUCUGACAGUGAUUUUGACUCCUCACUUGCCGGCAGCUCGGUCUGUGACGACAACACGGUACCACAAAAGCUGCUUAUUUUGGAUGCUCGAUCUUACACCGCUGCAGUGGCCAACCGUGCAAAGGGUGGCGGCUGUGAGUGUGAAGAGUAUUACCCGAACUGUGAGGUGAUGUUUAUGGGAAUGGCCAACAUCCAUGCCAUACGGAAUAGUUUUCAGGCCCUAAGGACCGUCUGCAGUCAGAUACCUGAUCCAGGAAACUGGCUUUCGGCUCUGGAGAGUACCCGUUGGCUGCAACAUCUAUCUGUAAUGUUAAAGGCGGCCACGCUGGUGUGUUCAUCUGUGGAGAGAGAAAGCCGUCCUGUUCUUGUGCACUGUUCAGACGGAUGGGACCGUACACCACAAAUUGUUGCCUUGGCCAAGAUAUUGUUGGAUCCAUAUUACAGAACACUAGAGGGUUUUCAGUUGCUUGUGGAGACCGAUUGGUUGGACUACGGUCACAAGUUUGGGGACCGCUGUGGCCACCAGGAGAACACCGAUGACGUGAGCGAGCAGUGUCCCGUCUUUCUGCAAUGGCUCGACUGUGUUCACCAGCUGAUCAAACAGUUCCCAUGCCUGUUUGAGUUCAAUGAGGCCUUCUUGGUCAAGUUGGUGCAACAUACAUACUCAUGUCUCUAUGGUACUUUCCUAUGUAACAAUGCUCGUGAGAGGGAGGCCAGGAACAUUUACAAACGCACCUGCUCCGUUUGGUCCUUGCUUCGCACAGGAAACAAGAACUUUCAGAAUUUCCUCUACAUCCCAAGCCAUGAUAUGGUGCUGCAGCCUGUCUGCCACACACGAGCAUUACAGCUGUGGACAGCAGUCUACCUUCCCACAUCCUCUCCCUGCACUGCUGUGGAUGACUCUAUGGAACUCUACUUGUCUCCGAGUGUCACAGGGGAUGAACUUUCUUCUCGCUCCCUUGAUAGACUUCCCAAAACUCGCUCUAUGGACAAUCUUCUGUCAGCUUUUGAGAACGGAAUACCCCUGACACGCACGUCCAGUGACCCCAAUCUUAACAAGCACUGCCAGGAGGAUCGCCCCGUCUUGGAGGUUUCACCCACCCCAGAUCGUACAUCUGUAGACUGCUCUGACGAGGUCGUACCUGAAAGCAGGGAUGAAAAUCCGCUACAUCUACAUCCUCCAAAGUCCUCAGAUGGUGCUGAAUCUUGUGAGGAUGUAACAGAAGAGCCCUGUCUCACCACUCAGCCUCUGCCAUCCCUGCCUCUUCCUCCUGCCCCCCUUAAUUCUGACAUCAUCCAAACUCACACUCCGCUCCAACCUUCACUAAAUACAACUAUCACCUCUGUUCCAACACCUCCAAUGGAUCCCGAGAGCCCCUGUGAGACUGCUGAAAUUGCCGUACCCGCCCCGCACACCCCUAAAUCAGAGCCGUGCUUACCACCAAGCCACGACAGCCCACCAACCGCAGCCAUCUUGCUUGACAGUCAGGAAAGUGGCCUCCCCGAAUCCGCAGACCUCAUGGUUCAUCUAAAGCAUAUAAAACCUCUUGUUCCCAUGGAUGACUCCACUGAAACUCUCAAAGAUCAAGAUGAAAUUUGCUUUGGCCUCCAACCUGAACAGAGCGGUGGUCCAAUUUUGAAUUGUUUCACUGAUGAUGAGCAGCAGAAGGGCCAGGUGUCAGUUGAGCCUCACAAAGAGGAAGCCACAGAUUUUGAAGCGUCUACACUGGAUCGCAUCCAGGGAGAUGCUAGCCAUGUCAUCUCCCAGGGCCCGCUGACAGACAUAUCCCUAAUGGGCCCGCACUGGGAAAGCGUCCAGGGCCUAAUGCAGUCUGCCUGCAGCAGUGCUAGCCGCUACCCCGGACGCUCACUACAGAGCCGCCGCUUCGCGUACAAGCUUCUGCGCUCGCACGGCCUGGCUCUCAGCGGUUCCCAGUGCUGCCGUAAAGAAGCUCUCGGUUGUCCUGGCAGCCCCCCGCAGCCCGGAUGGCCGUCUGCGAAGCCCGCCGCGCUCUUUCUCAACGCGCCUGUCGUCAACAACUGCUCACUGACGGGCCACCAGCUUCCUCCCGUAUCGUACACCUCGCCAUCCGCCUGCAGUUCUCCCCUCCCGCCCCAAACUCCGGCGUACCUCGACGACGACGGGCUGCCGGUGCCCAUGGACGCCGUGCAGCAAAGACUGCGCCAGAUCGAGGCGUGCUACAAACAGGAAGUGGAGGUGCUACGGCAGCAGGUGCGACAGCUGCGGAUGAGACUGGAGAGCAAACAGUACAGCACGCCUCCUUCAGAGCCUGACGUUGACUACGAGGAUGAUAUUACCUGUUUACGGGAAUCGGACAACAGUCCUGAGGAAGACUCUCUGUCUACCCAGAGCGAGGACCGACUGUCUGAAGGCAGCUGGGAUCGAGUGGAGAGCAAGGACACAGAGGUCACGAGGUGGGUGCCUGACCACAUGGCCUCUCAUUGUUUCAACUGUGACUGUGAGUUCUGGAUAGCCAAGAGGCGUCACCACUGCAGGAAUUGUGGCAAUGUAUUCUGUAAAGACUGUUGUCACCUGAAACUCCCCAUCCCGGACCAGCAACUGUACGACCCGGUUCUGGUGUGCAACACCUGCCACGACCAGCUCCUGGAGUCCCGAACUCGCGAGAUCCGCAGCCAGCAGUUGAAAAAGGCCAUCGCCACAGCCUCCAGUUGAGCGGAGCGUCUGCUGUAGCUCAUAACGUCCCGGAUGGCUCUCGUCCAAAUUUGGACUUACGAGGUGUCGCCACCCCGAACCUGCUGUGCAUCUUGGCCGCGAGGGUGUUGAGGAGUCGCUGUCUGAAAUUAAAGGUGCACUGUGGCAAUAGGAAGGGAGAAGUGUCCUCGGACAGAAGACAUUUUGGCUCUGAGCACCACGGCGUUCUCUAGCAGCACCCGUUUUUGAGCCCACCUCGCGUAUCAAACACCCGCACUCUCCAUAUAGAUGCCGUGGUCAUACUCGAGACGGACAAUCGUUCGGCGCUGACAAGCCUCGACCCUGGAGGCUUUUGACUCGGAAAGAAAUGAAUUGCUGCUAUUGUAUUUAAAAGUCUAAUUUUGUAUUCUUAUUUUGUGCACCUCUACGUGUCGUCGUGUAUUGAAGGGAAUCCUGAGACCAAACUUGAGCGAAAGGAAGACGUCCGCCGUCGUAUCUUUGAAUGUAAAACGUUGAACGGGAAGUUGGUACGUGAAGCGUUUGGGGACAUAGCAUGUUUGUGUGACGUUGUUGUGGAAAGUCAUUGAGGGUGCUUUUGGGAAAUGACUGAGUAUUGUCCAACAGGGUCUGACAUACCUCUAACGGAACGGCCCCAAAAAGCCUCAUUGUACUCCUGAAUGGCAGUAAGACUGGGGGGAAAAAAUGGAACAUAUGAUUGACAGUUCUUUUUCUCAAAAGAGGUCGGCCAGUUUCUCCAUUUCCAACAUACCGUACUUGUUUGUGUCUACUGGGUGUUCAGUUGUGCCAUACUUGUUUAUUUUUCAAUGUUUUUCUUUCUAAUAGUUGGCUUCCGGUUACUAUGUUCAUGAUAAAGACACUUAGCUAUGAAAGAUUAGCAUUGAUUUCACUGGACGAUCAUAUGUUACUAAAUUAGCUGAUUUGGAUUUUUCUUCAGAUGGCGUCUUUUAGAGGAAGCUCUAAACUGUAACAUAAAUAUUGAUAUCGGAUUCAUGGUGGUGGCUAAAACCGGUCGUUUAAUUCAUGAAUAACUGUUGUAAAGAAUUGCACUGUAAACGUUCAUUCGCAUUGGCUAAGAUUAAAAAAAUAUAUAUGAUGAAUCUGUUUCCCA